UAUCGCCGCCGUACACAAAGGAGGGGACGAACGGUUGAUCUGCCACGCGCCGCCGUAAGCGCACGCAUACUUUUGCUGCCGUCCCACGACCGAGGUGGGACCAGCGUCCUUUGUGAUUCGGUGAGCGGCGGACGAAGGACCACGACGAGCAGUGUGCGCUCUGCAGCCUAGCAGGACGCGCGGCGUCAUGCCGCGCGGGUUCCUCGUGCACCGUUACGGGCGCUUAGAUUCCGACGACGACGUCUCAGAUGGUUCCUCAGAUGAGCCGUUGGAACUCACUCACACGUCGCAGCAAAGCAACCCCGACCUAGACAGCGUGGACCUAAACGGCCGUGACCCACGCGUGGGAAGGCUAGUCUUCGAGGCGGACAAGACCUCUCCCGUGUCUGGCACUUUCAUUCGGGACAGCGACGAGGAUGACGACGACGUCGAAGAGGAAGAACAGGACCUGUGCGGCGACAUUCCACCGUCGCUCAACACGGUUUCCGUGACGGACGAAGCGCGGGCCGAGUUGGCAAAAAUCGAGAACCGCCUGGGAGCGUACGUGUGCCAGCUCUGCAAGCGACACUACGGGGAUGCCUUCGGUCUGGCUCAGCACCGCUGCUCGCGUAUCGCCCACGUGGAGUACCGUUGUUCAGAGUGUGGCAAACUCUUCAACUGCCCCGCCAACCUGGCGUCGCACCGUCGCUGGCACAGACCCAGACACGACCCUCCGGGUCCUUACCAAUGUCCAGUGUGCCACAAGCGAUUCCGCAGGAGGGCCUACUUGCGGAAACACGCGCCCGUGCACCCGGAGCUGGUGUCCCUGUUCGAGACGCCGGCGUAGUGGUUCCCGUCCUGCUGUAUGCUGACAAUCUUUCACGUCACUUCACAAGCGUUCCUCUAGUCACUCCUAGUCACAUUUAAGAAGCACACGAAAUAAGUCCAACACGCAAUCUUGUUCGUUGACUCACAUAUCGACUAGUCGUUUUUUUUUUGCAUUAUUCAUACUGUUCUUGUUCACGGAAACAUAUACAUAUACAUAAAUAUGUUCUUAUACUGAACUCAUGGCAGAGGUUACAGCCGUCCAUGUUGUGUAAUCUGAGGACACGGGCUCACUACCAGGUGAGUCCGGGGUUCGAUAUAUUCAUUAUGCGGGGCUCAUGUUUGCCUGGAGACGUAUAUUUUCGUAAAAGGAUACCCCAUUGCACUCCCGUACUCCCUCUGUGCAAAAUCAGCAGUUUGAGCAGCGCUUGAGGACUGCGGUUCCUUCGCUGGAGGUGUCCUUAGAGGGAGAGGGUAUUCACGUGCAAGAAAACCAUAUUUCCUCUCUCUCUCUCUCGUGGGGCAACUCUAUAGAGCUUCAAUCACACGCGUACAGCGGCCACAACCACCACAAGAACCCUGCGAUGUGCCCUGAAAACAAGCGCGGCUCAAGCUGUCUGUGUUCAACAGCGGGGAACACGGCCGGUAUAGCACCUGCGGGAAUAGUACAUUCGGAAAUUGUUCGUAUUCCGCAAUACGAGCCUAGUUGAUAUUUCAAUCAACCGAGAAGUUAAUCGGCAUAAAAAUCGUAAUGAAGCCGUUCAUUCGACGACAACUUUAUCGCGAUACUGACACUUUUUUUCCUUCAUGACAUCCGCAAAUUUCGAAAUUUUUAAAUGUUUCAAAUAAAAAUUUUGAGUUUUUUUUAUUGCGUCCUGUGGGACACCAGUUGUUUUUACGCAAAGCAGAAGCGUAUAUAGCGCGGUUGGGUCCACAAGAGCAGAAAAUUCUUACGGGCGCCGAGGAAAUAUAGGAGCUUUGGAAGUGUUCAGAGGUGGGCCAGGAGGAACUUUUGCAACCAAGAGAGAUGCACAACGUCUGCUAGUUUUCAUAAUGACCUAUCCUCUUUUUUUUUUUUUUUUCUCAUCAUUGAUUUUUGGAGCCACCGAAGUGAUGUUCAGAUCCCAAUGACAUCAAGGAUGACCGGCGCUUUGGUCAAUGUGCGCUGAAGUUGAAAGCAUUGGACCUCCGUUGCCAGAGGAGACGACACUGUCUAGUGUAUAUCUAUAGAGCCCUUUUAACUAUCACUGUUUCAACUACAUGUUGCGAAAUACGUUUCUCAAAACUGAAAUUAAUCGAAACAUAUACCAGAGAUCUACAAUGAGCCAAGAAAGACUGAGUAUAUCAUAUAGAAAGUCGCUGUUAAUUGAGAGAAGUUUGAAUGUAUAUUUCAACGCUGUUAUUGAAAAGUUCCACAAAUUAAAAUCGAGCGAUUUUCAAUAAAUUGAUGUAUGCUAACGUAAGAUGUACUUCACUUUAAUUACAGUAUUUCCUUGAAAAUAGGAUGCAUAAGUGCUGGCGGAUUAAAGGGAACGGUACUGGGCUGGUUUGGUGGGGGACUAGCACAGUGGUUUAUCCAGGGCCCCCGGCAGCCCCCAAAAUGUUUUGCAACCCCCCCCCCCCCCGUAAUAUUUUUCCUGUGUACUACUGUUGCAAUGUAACAGCACCCUCUUUUUUCUUCUUCUUUUUUUGCAACAUAUCCCCGAGCUUGCGGUUCUGAAUAAAGUUAGCGACUGCUAAAGCGAGAGGUGGCAUUUAAUCGAUUUUGAGUGAGAUUACAAAAUGAUGGGGCACGUCACGGGACCCCCCCUGUCCCCCACUCCUUCCUGCUGUCCUUAAAAAGAAGAAACGACACAGGAUUCGCCUUGUGUCUUGUCUCGCCUUGUGCCUUCCGCGCCUCCCAUGCUGUUUCAGAAAUCAUGUUUAAAAAAAUGUUAGUAAAAACAAACAAACAAAAAGGGAACGCUACGGAAAAAUACGCAAUCAACGACCUUUAUGUGUGGUGUGCUUUUGCCACGUACAACGAAUAACUUUAUCGAAUUUUAAUUGAAAGACAUUUACUUUCUUGAACCGAACUCCGAAAUUUGCCAUGCAUACGUAACGACUUCCUGGCAGAAACAGAAAGCCCGUGUCAGAAUGGCGUCGAUUGCAUAUUAUUCAGUAUAGUGUGCUUGUUUAGUUAAUUUUUUUUUACAUGGUGACUGAAACACCCCGUAUGUUCCUUACCUCUUGCCCCACGCGCUAACAUGCCCAUGUUACGCCACUGUUGCAAAGUCCAGAUUAUUUUGAGUGUAUGCACGCGUCUCAAAUUGAAAUGAACACCGCGUUUUUCGCAAUGUCCCGUUAUUUCAUUUUGGCAUACCUCUCAUGACUUUUAUAACGUAAAUUUUGUUUUUUGUCCGAGAGCUGACUAUUGUAUGCGUAGUGACAUUGCUGGUCCUUCAUGAAAUGUAGCUGUUACAUUUCAGUCUUGCAAAGAGAGUAAAUCCAUAGUAUUUUCUCUUUGA